AUGUUUCUGCCCAGUACCGAACUACUUUCUGCCCCUAUCUGGGGUCAAUGUGACGCUGAUUCCCAAUCAGAUGACCCCAACGGUGGUCAAGGAGAUGACUACCCACACAAACCGAAAGUUAUCGCUUUUAACCUGGACACAAGUGCCGGAUCUCACAAUGUAUAUCACAUCCCUCCCUGUGAAGAUAAAAACACUGGCGGGCUUACUAUCGUGGAACAGACACUAGAAGGCCAACAGACUUCGGGACCGGCACUAGAGUCAUCUGUUGUACCAUCCAGCUUCGACAGUCUAACCAGCGACCUCCCGAUCGCUAGCGUCGCUUCCUCGAUUUCCUCAGUAACACCUCUGACAGAUCCUGAAGAUGCGUUACCGACGCCACUAACCCCAACUAUGCCGGCGUCAGUUUUGCCUAUUCUGAGCACUCUGAGAUCCAGUACGUCGAUCGCUAUGGGUGAAGGCGUCCCCUCCGAUGUCAUUACCUUGACCACCAUCAGCCCUUCUAUCAUGAGAGCAACUAUCACAACGACCACCUUGGUAACAUCAGCCGACACUACGAUCAUGCCAUCAGAGACUUAUUUUGAUCCCGCUUUUGUGCCGGGUGAGCUUUCAGACCCAACCAUGAACCCCAUUUCCACAGCCGAAGCGAGUCACUCAUGGACAAGUUCUACAGAAGCUCCACUGGCUCCAUCCACAACUCAUCCAAUCGUCCAGGACGCCCAUAAGACCGUUAGUCCCUUGGCCAUCAUCCUACCUGUCGUGUUCACUCUGUUGUUCAUCUGUGGCCUCUUGAUCUGGUGGCUUCGGGUCCGUCGUCGUGAGAAGAAACGCCGUGAUCACCUGGCGAAAAAAGCUGAAUGGUUUAAUGACGACCACAUCAACCGUAUCCGACAGAAAAUGGAGGGAGUAGAUCCUGAAAAGACCGGAACAUCAGAUCAUACUCUUGACUCAACGAAACUCGACAAGAACGAUGAUAGCAACUUCAAUCUACCAUCUUCUAUGGCAAGGGAGGCAAUCCUGGAGGUCUUGGCCAAGAACCAAUCGUCCUGUCAACGUCAUGGUCCAGCAGAUUAUUUCGAGAUGAAGCCAUCUCAGAUUGAAUCCGCCGCCGCCGCCGAUCUAAGCAAUCCACCUAGCCCCAACUCAAGUAUGACUGGCACGACCAAAUCACCCCACGUCGAUGUUCCGACUUAUGUCCGUCGAGGCUCGUCUCCGGAGUCUUCUGCUCGAAACGGCCUAGUCAUCAGCAGUGCUUCUUGUUGCAUCAUACCUACGCACAGUCGCGUCACCUCUGGCGCUGAGACGACCAUCUCACGUCACGAUUUUGAACAAGACUCUGAGACACAACUUUUGGCCGUUUCUAGCACGAGCUCCAGCGCCUCUGAAGCGGGAAACGCGAAUCAAAGACACGCCAACGACAUCAACAUGGAUCUUCAGGAGCGACGACAACAGUCUGAUCUGCACCCCCUUGAACGCAGAGCCAGUAGAUCUAGCAACCUUAGUGCCAAACAAACCCUCAGUCACAAGUUGAAUCGGGGGUUCGAACGUGCUAUGCGACGACGUAAUGGACUCGAGGAGUUGAAUCGCUGAACCCUUAG